AUGGAGGCAGCAGGUGGAUGGCAGUCACAGGAGCGGAAGGCAGCAGGUGGAUGGCAGUCACAGGAGCGGAAGGGAUGGCAGUCACAGGAGCGGAAGGCAGCAGGUGGAUGGCAGUCACAGGAGCGGGAGGCAGCAGGUGGAUGGCAGUCACAGGAGCGGAAGGCAGCAGGUGGAUGGCAGUCACAGGAGCGGGAGGCAGCAGGUGGACGGCAGUCACAGGAGCGGAAGGCAGCAGGUGGAUGGCAGUCACAGGAGCGGGAGGCAGCAGGUGGAUGGCAGUCACAGGAGCGAAAGCCAGCAGGUGGAUGGCAGUCACAGGAGCGGGAGGCAGCAGGUGGACGGCAGUCACAGGAGCGGAAGGCAGCAGGUGGAUGGCAGUCACAGGAGCGGGAGGCAGCAGGUGGAUGGCAGUCACAGGAGCGGAAGCCAGCAGGUGGAUGGCAGUCACAGGAGCGGAAGGCAGCAUGGCAGUCACAGGAGCGGGAGGCAGCAGGUGGAUGGCAGUCACAGGAGCGGGAGGCAGCAGGUGGAUGGCAGUCACAGGAGCGGAAGGCAGCAGGUGGAUGGCAGUCACAGGAGCGGAAGGCAGCAGGUGGAUGGCAGUCACAGGAGCGGAAGGCAGCAGGUGGAUGGCAGUCACAGGAGUCACGGAGCGGGAGGCAGCAGGCAGUCACAGGAGCGGAAGGCAGCAGGUGGAUGGCAGUCACAGGAGCGGGAGGCAGAUGGCAGUCACAGGAGCGGAAGGCAGCAGGUGGAUGGCAGCAGUCACAGGAGCGGAAGGCAGCAGGUGGAUGGCAGUCACAGGAGCGGAAGGCAGCAGGUGGAUGGCAGUCACAGGAGCGGGAGGCAGCAGGUGGAUGGCAGUCACAGGAGCGGGAGGCAGCAGGUGGAUGGCAGUCACAGGAGCGGAAGGCAGCAGGUGGAUGGCAGUCACAGGAGCGGAAGGAAGCAGGUGGAUGGCAGUCACAGGAGCGGGAGGCAGCAGGUGGAUGGCAGUCACAGGAGCGGGAGGCAGCAGGUGGACAGCAGUCACAGGAGCGGAAGGCAGCAGGUGGAUGGCAGUCACAGGAGCGGAAGGCAGCAGGUGGACGGCAGUCACAGGAGCGGAAGGCAGCAGGUGGAUGGCAGUCACAGGAGCGGAAGGCAGCAGGUGGAUGGCAGUCACAGGAGCGGAAGGCAGCAGGUGGAUGGCAGUCACAGGAGCGGGAGGCAGCAGGUGGAUGGCAGUCACAGGAGCGGGAGGCAGCAGGUGGACGGCAGUCACAGGAGCGGAAGGCAGCAGGUGGAUGGCAGUCACAGGAGCGGAAGGCAGCAGGUGGAUGGCAGUCACAGGAGCGGAAGGCAGCAGGUGGAUGGCAGUCACAGGAGCGGGAGGCAGCAGGUGGACGGCAGUCACAGGAGCGGGAGGCAGCAGGUGGAUGGCAGUCACAGGAGCGGGAGGCAGCAGGUGGACGGCAGUCACAGGAGCGGGAGGCAGCGAGUCUUCCACAUCCCUUAACUGCACUUGAUAAUUUUGUCGACCCUUCUCUUGAGUCCAAAACUUUCAGUACAAAACCUAUUGACAAAUACCUUCAGUGUUGUUUAUUAUAA